AUGUCCUCACAAGAAUCCGACCGUAUUGCCUCUGCUCAGCAGACCUUGGAUAUCUUAUUUGAGAUGUCCCAGCUGUUGAAUACACAACUCGACAAAGAGACUUUGACAACGUGUGUGAGAAUGAUCGAGAGUGGUGUAAAUCCUGAGGCUCUUGCGGCUGUCAUACAGGAACUCAAACGAGAAAAU